AUGCAGAUCAAUACUCCAGGUCAUGAAGGUUUCAAUGUCAACAUUGAUGAUAAUAAGCUUAACUCUAAUUCUAUUGAAGAGGAUAUUAAAAACCUUGGAGGUGUGAUUAUGAAAAAUCAAAGCAAGUUUAUGAAAUAUUUUCAAGAUGGAUAUAAAUCUAAGGAGGAAGAUAACAUCAGCAUCAUUGCUGUUAUUACAACUACCACUGAACUCAAGAAAAAGAGACCUUUAAUGGAAGAAACUACAAGCAGUUAUCCAUUAGAGCUUGAGAGAAAGAGACCUUUAAUUUAUGAAAUUGACAAAGAUAAUAAGCUUAACUUUUCAAGCUGGUUUGAGUUUACUUUAACGCUAUUGCAAAAAGAAAUAUUGAAUAUUUUACCUUCAAUAAUAUGA